AUGAUGCUUAUCAAGGAGGAAGGCCCCAACGCGGCGGGCAACAAACUUUACACCUUUAUGGACCAGACGACGGUUGAGGUGCCGGAGCGCUACAAAGUUCAGGGCGUCAUUGGCCGCGGGGCCUAUGGAAUGGUGUGCAGCGCCGUCGAUCUUCUCAAUGGGGAACAAUUGGCGAUUAAACGCGUUGGGCGGCUCUUCAGCGACGCCGUCGACGGCAAACGCGUGCUGCGGGAGGUGAAGGCGUUGGGCUUUUUGCACCAUCGCAACGUCCUGGCCUUAAAGGACGUCUUCUUCAACGGCCGCCCCGAGAGCUUCACCGAACUUUACAUUGUGACGGAGCUGAUGGAGACAGACCUGCGAAAGAUGUUGGAUUCCCCACGGCUGCGGAUGGGGGCCGGGCACUGUCAGUACUUCACACUUCAGCUGCUCUGCGCGCUGCAGUACGUGCACUCGGCGCAUCUGAUUCACCGCGACCUGAAGCCGGCAAAUCUUCUCACUUUCUCAGACUGCAACUUAAAGCUCUGCGACUUUGGGCUCGCGGGCGGUGGACAGGCGGAGAAGGAGAUGACGCAGUACGUUGUGACACGUCCGUAUCGACCACCGGAGCUGCUGCUCGUGAAAAAGAAAAAUGAAACGACGGUGGACUUGUGGGGUGUCGGUUGCAUCGCAGCGGAGAGUUUUCCAAAAAGACUUCACACACCAAACAAACUGACACAGCAAUACAAG